UCGACGCCUUUUGCUCAAGUUUCAGCUGCGGACCAGGAAAUACAAUUAAAUGGAUUGACAUAACAAUCAUUGUGUCCAUUUCAUUUGAUUUGCUACCAUUUUAGAGCAGACGAAAAAGAGAGAUGAAUUCACGAUACUUAUAUGUACUGCUUACUUUUCCAUUCAUUCUGAUAACUACGGCUGAGGACGGAACUAGUGACGAACAACAGUUGAUGGACAGGCGGAGGAAAUCAGUCUGUCCACAAUGGAACGACACCUAUCCAUACGCUGAUGGAGUGGAUUCCGAGUGUUGGUUUUCAGUGUCAGAGUCAACCAAAAAGCAAUUUCUUCACAAAGUUACUAAAUAUUCAUACAGCCUAGUGAAUUUCAUACUUCAUUUUAAGAAUGUUUCUUCUCACCAAGUCAAGGAAACAAGGUGCGUAAUUCAAGGCGAUCAGUGGACGUGGACGUUUCCAGGACCUAGAGGUUCCAGACAAUACCUAAACUGGCCAUUAGGCUACCGAGUAUGGUCACUUGGGCUUUUAAAUGUUUACACUUUGGAUCAUUUCCCUGUUUCGUUAAGAGUUCAUGGAAACUGUCAAAUCCACUAUGGUGCCAAUAAGACUACACAACGUAUCGCUUUAGCUUUGGCGAAUCUCACAGACUACCUAGUAUCUCACACUACGGGAGAGGCUGCAGACGAUUUAGCAGAGUAUUACAAUCAAAGUUACUGGUGUUACAGAGAUCGCAUAUUCAUUGAGAGCCACUCACUUUACUUGCUUUGUCUAAAUGUCAUCUGUCCACUGGAAGCCAUAGGUUAUCGAUGUUGCCACUGGAAGUGGAAUUUUAUCGACAAGAAGCGGACCUUGGUGUGUACUGGCGGAUAUGAAACAUUCAAAGAAAUCGGCUGGAAGUUUCCCUUUGUACUAGGGUUAGUUCUAUACAUGUACUUUCCCCUGGUUUUAGUAUGGCUCCUGAAUCACGUUCAUGAAAUCACGUACAAUCACAGAUCAAACAGUCACGAAGUACUUAACAUUAGCGUGGAGGAGAAGGCGGAGGAAGAGGUUCAAUUACUUGAAAAGAGCGAAAACUGGAUUUACUACAACCCAAUACAUAUUGGAACUAUAAUAGCGAGUGUUUUUCAUUGCUGUUGUGUAAAAUGCCAUGUUGGAACUUCAAGAAUUGUCCGUGUGAUUUUCUUCUUUGUAAGUAUAUCAGUUAUUUCACUGAAAUUACUGUUACACGGACUGUUUCAGUAUGACGAUAUUAUUGCAAGUGUAAAGAAGGGCGUGCCUAAAGAUUUUGAAUCGAUUUUGGCGGGAUACGAACUGAGUCGGUUAAAUUUUCUGAGAGUUUUUGGAGGGCCUUAUAUAGCAUUUCUUUUUUAUGUCGUAUGCUACAUUUUAUGUACAUGUGUACCCUCUGAUUUAGCCAAAUUUCUCGCCAAAGGAUUAACGGAGAACAAAAGUAAAAUCACAUCUCCACUAAGAGUGAAUGAUGCUGUCCGAGUGAAAUAUGGUGCCAUGAAAACAACGGAACCUGUUAAUGGAUAUCAUAGUAUAUAUCGAGUCAUCUUGUCCCAGUUUUGCAUGAUUCUGAAUUCGUCUUUUUGGAAAUUUGCCGUUAUCCUUCAAAUCAAGCGUUGGAAUAAAUGCCAUCUUAUUGCGCGAAGGAAAUCUGCUUUUCUUGGAAGAUUGUUUCUUUUCACGAUGCUAUUUUAUGUUCCAAUAUGUGUUUUAGAACUGGUUUUAUGUCUUAUGCUAUAUGGAGUUCCUCUUGUCGGUUACAUUAAGAUAAUUACACGUGCCUACGUCAUCGCACCUUGGCGGGAACUUGAAAUUUGGGCUCCACUGAGGAUGAUAUGUUGUAUUUUUGCGCUGUUCUUUUUUACAUUUGUGUAUUAUAUGUUCAGUAUCAUUUUUGUAGAUAGCUUCAUAUUCAUUUGUGGCGUCGUUGUCUAUACGUACACCGGGCUGUUUGCCCACCCAGAGGCCACAUACGGGUACCUUAUCUUUUCUUCUACCGUCCUUCUGUAUAUGUUUGACAGUAUCAAUAACAUUGCCAGCGUCUACGAUCACCUGUUCGUGCAUACCAGAAAAAUAUGCAAGAAAAUGUAUAAGUAUGGCAAAUAUUCAGAGGUGGCUUUGUUCAAAAGAGAAGAAGAAUGCAAAGGCAUUCCGAAAGAUCUCUUCUUUUUGAUUGUUAAGAUGUACAGGCCAAUACGUCAUCAAGUUUUCAUCUCUUUCUUGAAACUCGGGAUUAUAAUCCUCAUAUUAUGCAUUUCCGUAGAUCUUUUGUUCGAAUUUUCCACCGCUCGAAAUUUAAACUUAUUGACGCAAGCUGCUGCUACAAUCAUUGUAUGCCUUGUACCAAAGGUUAUAGGCGAUUCGUGUUCCAUGUAUAGAAAUCGUCGACAUCACAGUCAAUCAAAUCAAAUUAAAGAAAUCAUCCACAUGUACUAUCAAAGAUCCAAGGAGAAUGGUUCUUCGAGAAAUAUCUUAAAUCUAGAAGUCAUAUGAAUGGUAUCCUCCAGUUUCCUGACUGGACUGUUGUAAAUAAUGAUGCGGUAUUAUGUACAUGCAGUGUUGGAGAGUUCUAUUGGCCUGCUGGCGCCGAGAAUAGGACGAAGGAACCACCAAACGGUAAUAUA